AUGUCUGGUAUAACAAGAGGUCAUUCAUGUCUACUCUGUCAGCGGCGCAAGGUUCGUUGUGAUAAGCAAAAGCCAUGUGGUAAUUGUGUGAAAGCAAAGGCCGAAUGCACAGUUGUUCCUCAGCGGCCUCGGGGAAAGAGGAAUGCUCCCAGGCCCCAAGGGAUUGAUCUCAUGCGCAGACUUCAAAGAUACGAAGAUAUAAUGAGUCGACAUGGUAUCGACUUUGGUUCCGUUCUUGACGAUGAGCGUGGUUCCAGCAGGCCCGAGGUCUCCGCCGACGUACCAUCUCCCACACAAAGUGUAUCGAGCCACCAUUCACCGCGAUUGAAAGACAAGAGCACACGCCGUUGGGCAAAGAGCAAGACUAAUGUUACAAACCAGUAUCAAACCACCGACAAACUACUUCAUGACUACCUAGACGAGGACCCUGAACGGCCUACGGUUCAUCGUGCAUUUGACGCGAUGUUCGACGAAACUAUCGGCUUUCCAUUUGUUGCAACUAACUCGCGGGCGAGUAACCUUUCGAUCCCCACUUCGAUCCAAAGCAUACAGCUGUGGCAGAUAUAUAUCAACAAUAUCAACCCGUUAUUGAAAAUCAGCCACAUUCCCACUCUCCAGCCCCAAGUCAUCGAAGCUGCGACGGACCUUGCUCAUGCACCGAAGCCUCUUCGUGCCCUCAUGUCGGGGAUUUACUUCACAGCUACCAAUUCCAUGACCGAUGAGGAGGUCCAAACUACCUUUGGAGAAAACAAACUCGCCUUCGUGACGAAUCUCCGAGAAAACGCCGAGCAUGCGCUUCUGAGUACAAGUUUUAUGAAGUCCAACGAUAUCAUGGUACUCCAGGCCUAUGUGCUAUACCUUCCACUCGUCUUGGUUUACACCGAGACGGUGCCCAGUUCGGACUGCCCCCCCUUCGAGAUUGAGCAACGGAGACGACUCUGGUGGCAGAUCGUCGCUCUUGACAAACGUGUUGCCGACAUCACAGGAUCACCGACCAGCGCGCUCUCUUCAAUGGGCACGGAUUGUAGAUUCCCACUUAAUGUGAAUGACACAGAUUUACAUCCGCACGCCAAAGAGCCUCCUUUGCCAUCCACAGGAGCCACCGAGAUGACAUUCUUCCUCACACGAAUCGAAAUCACGAUCGCGUCCGCGCCUGAUGGCAUUCGGCCUAGCCCAAGAAUCCCGGAGAGCUUCGAGGUGGACAACAGCUCACGAUCUGCCCCUUUAGGCAGAAAGCCGACUCGAGACCAAUCUUCUCAUCUCGAUCGCUACUGCACCUACAUCGAAUCGACAUAUCUCGCAAAGUGCAACCCGAGCAUCCCCAUCCAUCAUUUUACCGCCACCAUAGCCCGCGUAUCAUUGUGCAAGCUUCGAGUUCUCGACUUCAUGUGCCGUGAUACUUCUCCUACGGAUGGCAACGGUAAGCGACGUGAUAUUGCAUUUUCUGCCGCCAUCGACCUUCUAGAAGCGGAUAAUGUAAUUAACCAAACGGAAAGUCUCCGAGGCUUCCUGUGGUACAGCCACAUGCAAAUGCCGCUGCCCGGGUAUCUUUUCCUUGCAGAUGAACUGCGCCACCGUACUACGGGGGAACCUUGCCAACGUGCGUGGGAAGCUAUUAUCCAGAGCCCCUACCAUCAAGGGCUUAGCAGCAAUCUACGAAGCCCUUUGCAUGUUGGACUCGGACAGGCGAUCUUGAAAGCAUGGGACGCUCGUCAAAAUGCAGAGACGCAGCUAGGUCGGCCACUGCAACAGCCCGAGUUUGUUGCCGCCCUUCGUGUGAGCAUUGCUCAGUAUAUUUCCCAGCAGAAACCUGCGCAGUCUGGCCCCGAAGAUACCGAGGCAAGACAUAACCCACAGAACAGUUUCGAGACUUGUCAGAUGAAUGACGCUGCAGACAUUCUGCACCAACAGAGUCCGUUGUAUAACCAUAUGGGUCGAAUGAGCGAUAUUUUGCCAUCGAUUGAACUGGAUUACAACCAAAUGGCCUGGACAAAUCUUAUGCAAUCUGGUGCCAUUGGUGGAUUUUGGGGUGAUUUUGAUUCCAUCGGGCCGUGA